CUCUCUCUCUCUCUCUCUCUCUCCCCCCCCUCCCGAGAGCAGGCGUCAUCGGCAGCAUGAACUCCGCCGACAAUCAGUUCAUUGUCAUCGACAAUGGGUCCUUCACCAUCAAGGCCGGCUUUGCCGGCGAGGACCGCCCCCAGGCUCUCCUCCGGACCUGCAUUGGCCACACCAAGUACCAGAAGGUCAUGAGCGGCGGCGACUUCGAGCCCGGGCGCAUGAUCGGCAACAGCCUGCAGGAAUAUCGCGGCCUCUUCCGCACCACCUCCCCAAUCAAGAAUGGCCUGAUCGAGAAUUGGGAGGACAUGGAGGCCCUGUGGAAUCACCUGUAUAGCCAGCACCUGAAGGUGUCCUCCGAGGACCACCCGGUGCUGAUCACCGACGCGGCCUUGAGCCCCCACAAGCAGCGCCUGCAGAUCGCCCAGGUCCUCUUCGAGUCCUACAACGUCCCGGCUCUGUCGAUUGCGGUGCCGGGUGUCCUGAGUCUCUACUCCUCCGGCAUGACUUCCGGCAUCGCCCUGGACUCCGGCAAUGGCGUGACCGCUGCCAUUCCCGUGUACAACGGUUUUAUCCCAACUGGCACCGUGCGCCGGAUGGACAUCGGUGGAGACGACAUCACCAAAUACCUGCAGCUGCUCCUGCGCAAGUCCGGCUACUUCUUUAACACUUCGGCCGAGCUGGACAUCGUGCGCGAGAUGAAGGAGCGCCUGGGGAAGAUCUCCGAGGUGACCACCUUCAACCCCCUCCACAUGGCGACCACCACUGGCAGUGGGGCCGGCGCCGACUCGACCACCGAUUCGGCCGCCACCGAGCCCAUCAAGUACCUGUUGCCCGAUAACCAGGUGAUCGAGAUCGCCGACGAGCCCACUCGCGCCAUCGAGGCCAUCUUCGCCCCGCAUGUCAUGGGCAAGGAGUCCCCGGGGAUUCACACCCUGCUGGCGGAGUCCAUCCAGCUGUGCGACAUCGACAUCCGGAAGUCCCUCUACUCGAACAUCAUCCUGUCCGGCGGCAAUACCCUCUUCUCGGGCUUCUGCUCGCGCUUGCUCAGCGAGAUCCAGCACUCGCGGCCCACCAACAAGGUGCGCAUCUACGCGGCAGCCGAUCGCGAGAGCUCGGCCUGGGUGGGCGGGUCCAUCCUGGCCGCGUUGUCGUCCUUCCGCAAGAUGACCAUCACGUAUGCCCAGUACGAUGAGGAUCGCGACAUCCUCCGCCGGAAGCUCAUGUCCCUGGACUACUGAGGUGUCCUUGUGUUUGGCGCGUGUGCUUGUGCAUUUUCCUUUUCACACAAUCCCCUCAUGCACAUGGGCUGGUGUGGGGGGCCAGGGAGGAGGCGGAGGCAGACGCUGCCUCGCUCCUGUUUGGGGGGUUCUCCCCCAUUUGCCCAGGUGCAUGUGCCCUCCCUGCGUCCUUUCACCUUGGGCCUCCGCCUUCCCCCCCUCGCCCCCUCGCCCUCUCUUGACGCCGCACAUGCCCAGGCCGGCGAAGCCCCUCCCCCCCCC